AUGUCUCAAAUAACUAAAACAGAAGAUAUUUGGUUUGCCACAUCUCAUAACAACACGAACAAUUACACUGGAGUUGCAAUCAAUCAUUCAGAGCAUGGAGAAAUGUCUUUGGUGUUCAGUUUUGAUAAUAUUCCUAUGCUUGCAGAUAUGAGUCGUCUGUGUGCGCUCUAUACCACAUCUCCUGGCACGUCAGUAUCAAUCAAUACAGCAGGCGAAAAACCAAAAUAUAACAUUCACGAUGUAUCGGAAAGGGAACUGAAAUAUCUUAGGAGUACAAUUUAUGGCAAAUUGUUACAAUCUACUAUAGACAGAUUGCGAAAUUGUGCAAUAACUUUAACCUUUUGCCAUGCUCCGGAGAGAAUUGAUUCAGUCGAGUAUAGAGCUCUGAAGAAACGUGCUCGCAGAGCUAUGAGCGAGUUUGCCGCUGGGACUUAUAAUGAAAGGCUUUUAUUUUCUAUUCCUAAUACGGACAUUAACGUAUAUAUAAAUUCGCCACGUUGGUUUCUUGGAUCCUUGCCUUCAACUUCUUCUCAGGGGCUUUUGACAAAUAGCUCUCGGCAUCAGAGCCUUGCAUCAGGUAUGCUUCUGGAAAACAGUCCAAAAGAUUGUUCAAAGACAAAUACAGCACUCCAGCUAAGCGUUCGAAAGCAUGAAGACUCAUCCGCAAUUACCAAUACUAGUAACAAUGGAAAGGUGUUCCUGUUGUGCCUGACAUGCACAAGAAUAGUUGCAGUAGAGUGUCCUCGUUCCCAUACACUUGGAAGAUUCGGGCAACUGAAAGAUGAAUAUUCAAAUGCAGUGAUCAUGACUACAUGCAAGUCAUGCUUGAAUGAAGGUGAUCGGGCCUACGGAAAGAUUGAGAAUCGCGGCGUCAUCAUGACACAAUCUUUCUACGAUCUUAACAUUUCUCCCAAUUGCUUCAAGCAUACAAUGCCUCAUAAAUGCAUACUCUCAAUGUGUUCUGAUCCUUGCAGAAUAGAGUAUGAAGGAGCAAGGCUUGAAUAUGCUUCAAUACAAUCAUUAAAUGAAAUGUGUGAUCUAGAAUGCAUAGUUCGGGAUGUAAUUACAAAUGAAGGCUCUGGGCAAGUCUCUCUUGAUAGCAAUGUUCAUAUGGGAUUCUUCUAG